AGAAGAAAUUCGAAAUUCUGGCGGUCCUUAUGCAUAUCUGCAUUGAUAUUUGUUGAAUAUUCCUACAUAUCAAAUGUCAAAGUAUUAGUUAUAGCAAAAAUCAACAUUAUGGCCUUUUCAAAAGCACCAUUUAAACGCUUUAACGAAAAAAUAGGUUGUGCACCUCCUGUAGGCUCUUAUGAUCCAAAGGAGAAAGAUAAAGCUGUUGCUCUCCAAUUUGAUAAAGGAGGGGAUCGAUUCAAAACACCAAAAGAUAUUCUUCUGGGACCUGGAUCUUUUGACAUUGAUACACCGGCCAAAAAGUGUCUAUUGAAUCAAUCAACGUGUAGUAAUGGGGGAGAUAAAAAGAAAAAUCACAAAACUUCAGAAAACUCCAUGGAAAUGGCAAAAAUCAAAGAUCUGGAACGAGAGAUAAAAAGAUUAGUCCAGGAGAGAAAUAACCUGGAUAAGCAGUUAACACACAGAGGAGAUGAUAUAAUUAAAUUAGAAGGAAGAUUACAAACAGCACAUACAGAUAAAAUCUCCCUUCAGGCAAAAAUAGCAUCACUAGAAAAAGAAUUGAAGGAACUGAAGAAAAGUAACGAAGUGCUUAGAAAUAAGAUGACAAAUGCAGACACAGCAUGUAAGAAACAAGAAAGUCUUCAGCAUGAGUUAUCUUCCCUGAAACACCAAAUGGAGUGUAAAAAUAAAGAGAUAGCUCGUGUUAAACAUGAGUUGGAUAUCACACUGAAUCAUCAGAACAGUGAACUUCAUAUUUUAGAAAAUGUUGUCACAGUGAUAGAAGAAAGAAUCCAUCAUUUAGAUGUUGAUGUUGAUCAUAAAAGCCCCACUCCAAAGAACAACUCAGAAUUAGGCAGUUCCAAAAGAAAAGGCAGUGAGGAUUUGACUUGCAAUAUGAAACCAGAAAACACCAAGAAAAUUGUUGAGAAGUUACAGAAACGUUUUAAUGAGACGAUUCAAGAAUUUGAUAAGAAGAUACAGAUAUUUAAGACGAGAUAUGAAAGGAUUAUGGAGGACAAAGUAGAUAUGCAACAUAGUCUGGAGAAUAAGGAGAUAGCAUUGAAAAAUUAUAUGAAGAAAUCUGACACUCUUGAAAAAAACAGGAGUAAGUUAUCAACAAAAUAUUCCACAUUACAAAAGAUGAUAAAAGAUUUAAAGACAGAAACCUGGAGUCAAGAUGACCAUAUUAGAUAUUUAAAAGGAGAGGUAUUUUCAAAGCAGGAUAACCUAAAGGAAGAAGGACAGAUAUUGUUUGAGGUCAGAGCAGAGAAAGCCAGUCUACUAGAGAAACUAGAAAUCCUGGAAGAAGAAAAUGGAACAUUGAAUGAAAACAUCAAGACAUUAACAGAAAAGUACCAUGUUAUUGAAGGUCAAUUUGCAGAGGAACAAAAUCAGAAUAAUGUGAAAUCUGAUCAAGUUCAGUCCCAACUGGAUGUUACUAAAUGUCAUCUGAUGGAGGUCCAGGACCAAUAUCAAUUCCUACAGUCCAAGAAUAAGGAACUUGUCCAUUCCAUCAACAAAGAGAAGGAGAAUGUGGAAAAAUUCAUCUAUGAAUUAGAUGAACAAAAACAGCUGACCUCUGACCUCCAGAUGUUAGUUGUUGACAAAGAAGAGAAAAUAACAGACUUGGAGAUAUCACUAGAGGCCACAAAAGUGGAAUUACAGAAUUUAAUGGAUAGCAUAGAAGAUAAGGAGGAAGAUAUCAGAAAUUUGCAAGACAGAAUUCACAGUCUAGAGGACAUUGAAAGGUCAUUUAAAAGUCAAAUACAACAAGAAAAUAAGGUCAGCCAAGAAACAGCAAGACAACAUGCAGAUAGAAUAUUACAUUUGGAACAUCGUGAGAUUUCUGUUACCGAGGAAAACAUCAAGUUAUGUAGAAAACUAGAAGAGAUGAACCAGAUCAAAUCUGCUGUUGAGGAGAAAAUGGAGGACGGACACAAGGAAUUGACAAACCAGUUACAACUGGUUCUUAAAGAAAAGGAAAGAAUACAAACAGAACUAGAAAUGACACAAAAACGGCAAGAAAGUUUGAAGAAAGAAGUUUCUAACCUUGAAGGGAAAUUAACAACUGUAGAAGACACAUUAGAAAUAGAAAAACAAACACGUCUCGAUAUUGCUGAGCAGAUGACAGGUAAUAUUCAGACAGUGAUCCAGGAGAAACAAGAUCUGAUAAACAACUUACAAUCACUUACCUCACAGAUAGAAAAAGUUAAAUUUGACAAUGUUCAGCUGAUAGAACAGAUACAGGAAUUAGAGAAAGUGAAAGUACAACAACAACAGGAAAUAUUACAUCAAAAGGAGGAGUUAGGCAAAGUGAAAGUAGACAGAGAAAACACUGAUGACAAACUGAAGAAGUUGGAUGCUAAAUUCCACAGUCUUAACAAAGAAAAUACACAGUUGAUGAAUGAGAUAGACUUUUUACAUGAGAAAAAGUUAAGGGAUGAAAAUGAAAUGAAGGAUCUAAUUGAAACAUUGAAGAGUGAUUUAUUGAAUAUGAAAGAGAAAGAUGAGAACCAAACUGAGGCUAUAUCUAAACAUGUGGAGUCAUUGGAAGAUGCUAAUUCUGAGAUUGAAAAGUUGAGGAAUGACACAACCUAUAUGAAGGAGAAAGAGAAGGUUCAGACGGAGACUAUAUCUCAACAUCUUAAGUCAUUAGAAGAUGCUUAUACUCGAGAGAAAGAAUUAGACCUAGAGAAAGUAGAGCUGACAUCUAAAUUAGAUCAAGUAACAACACAAAAAGAGGCCAUAUCAAAGCAAUUUUCUGAGUUAGUGAGUUCAUUAGAAGAAGUUAGUAACAAGUCAACAGAGAAAGAGACAAACUGGAGAAGUGAACAGGAGAGAUUGACAAAAGAAUUACAGACUGUCACAAACCAAAAGGAGAUCUUACAACAAAGGAUUGCCUCCCUUGAUGAGGAAAAAGGGGCACUUGGGGAUUUUGUUAAGCAUUUAGAAACUAGGUUAGAAGAUGUGGAAAUAGAAAGUAGAACAGAAAUAGAUUCUAUUAAAACACUUUUAGAAAAUUCAGAACACCAGAAUCAGACAUUACAAUCUGUGAACCUGACAUUACAGGAGGCAUUAGAUGAUCAAGGUGUACGAACUCACAGCUUAGAAAACGAUGUAGAAAAGUUAACACAAGAAAUACACGUGUAUAUAGAUUUCAAAGGGAAGUAUGAAGAUAAGGUCAAAGAAAUAUCACACAUGGAACAGGAAAUGAUGUCACAGAUUGAUUCACUACAGGUUAAAUUACAGGACACUGAGGCUGAUAAAGAUAUGCUGAGUCAGCAGACUAUGGAUAUUAAUAAAGUAGUUGAGACUUUAAAUAGGGAGAAUGCAAGACUUGAAAAGGAAAUAGACACAAAGGAAGAGGUCAUAGAAAGGUUAACUUUACAAUAUGAAUCGGAAAUUAAAACAUUGGAAACUGAGGUCAAAGGUCAACAGUCUAGUAAUAAAGAUUUGACUGAAAAUGUACAGCUUUUAGAACACAGACUUAAAGAAUUAGAAAGUGAAACUGUGAAAUAUAGGACAAAAACUGAAGCUGUAGAAAAUGAAAUAAAGCAUAAAGAAAGUGAAUCAAUGAAUAGAAUAGAAGAUUUAACUCAACUUCUACAAUCAGUGAAAGAGGACAGGAAUCAACUAUCAAAGGACGUUCAAUCGUUACAAAGAAGAAUACACACUGUGGAAGAGGAAAAAGAAGAAAUGGCCAAACAUUAUGAAGAUGAACUGAUAGAUCUGAGGGACCAAGCCAAGACUAUGGACAAUGAUAAUAACUGGAAGAAGAUGUAUGAAGACCUGAUGACAAAAGUGGAGCCAUUCAUGGCACAGAUAGAUGCUUAUGAGAUGGAAAAAAUGGCACUACUUGGGAGAAGUCAGUUUGCCCAGGCAGAGAUGGAUAAAUUGAGUCAAGCCUAUGCCAAACUACUGGGUCAUCAGAAUCAAAAACAGAAAAUUCAUCAUAUUGUCAAAAUAAAAGAAGAAAACAACAGUCUGAAAAAGGAAACUACCUCACUCAGAGAACAGGUUAAUAAACUAAAGAGAGCCAACCAGAAAUUAGAGGAAAAGAACUUGACAUUAGAAGGGCGAAAAAGAUUUGAUCCAUCAAAAGCUUUCCAGUGCAAAGAAAACACAGUUCCACCUUCAAGUCCAUUAAAAGAUGGCAAUAGAAAAUAAAGAAAAGAAGCACAAAAGCAACUGUCCUAUCCAUAAUGGUCCUGUUGAAUGUCAUGAUUGUGAAGUCAAGGAGAACAGAAUAUAGUGUUAUUGUUACAUUGUGUAUUAUGAUUCUAACAAUGUGUGUUAUGUCCCAUUAUAUAAUCUUAUAGUGACAUUGUGUAUAAUGAUAGUGCCAGUGUGUGGUAUGUCAAGUUACACAGCACAUAGUUUUAAUUGUGUCACAUUAUAUAAUUUUAUAGUGACAUUGUGUAAGAUGAUUGUGCUGUUGUGUUGUAUGUCAAGUUACACAGCACAUAGUUUUAAUUGUGUCAAAUGAUUCUAACAAUGUGUUUUAUAUAAAUGUGACAAUGUAUUGUUUUAUAAUUAUCAACACAAAAAACUGUAAAAGUAAUAUUAUUUGUAGGAUUGAUUUUAAAGAUUCCAUUCCUCCUCCUAACCACAAUAUUCAUUUCAAGGUUUGUGAAUUUUAGUGUUUACCAGAAUAUAUUUCUCUCAUCACCUGAAUAAAAGGAGGCGACAAUACAUUUGAAUAAAAACCAGCUGCAAAACACUGAUUGCGCCAGUGAUUACAGGAUCUAGUCAGAUACAUUAGCUGAAGAAUACAUUAAAUGCAGCAGAAAUCUUCUUUUCUAAAGUCAUAUGUACUCACACAUCUCACUUUUGUGACAAUGAAAUAGCAGGUUUUAUGUGAAGUAUCACUUAACCAAACAAAGAAAAGAAACUGUAGAAUAACUGUGUAUGUUAUGCUGUAUUUAGUUGUUAGUGAUUUUUAUGUAGUAUUAUAUAUGCAACCACCUUUUAAUUUUUUAAUCUAUAUUAUAAAUCUAUGAUGGGUACCUUUUCUGAGUUAGUAUUAAUUAAUUAUCUGUGAAAAUUUUGAAUCUAUGGCAGCACUUUUUUCACACUACCUCUAUAUAUUGUUAAUCAGUGAAAGUUUAAAUCUGGAAGGUACUUUUUCACAUUACCUCUAUUUACGUAUCAUUUAUGUAAGAUUUACCAAAGAUACUUUUUCUGUGUACCUUUAUUUUUAUAGUGUUUGUUUUUCUUUAGAUUUUAGUAUGUAGUGAUUAGUAGUAACUAGAUCUAGACCAAUGUAGAAAAAAAAGUUUUAAAAAAAUAAACUCGCCUUCCUCUGUCAAUAACUCUGACUAUAUUAGCAACAUUUCUUUUACCUUAUAAGAAUUUACAAAAAAAUGAACUGGUUACACCAGUGCUUGAUAUGCCAGUCAAAAAUUUAGAUAUUUAUAAAUAUUUUUUCAUCAAGCUUUUCUAAUAAUCACUAAAUGAAAUUCAAGCCAGUUCUAUUUGAUGAAUAUUUACAAUGUCUUUGAUUCGACCUUAUGCAGUUACUGUCAAUUCUACUGUUCAUCACCAUGGCAACAAUAUUUUAAGUUUUCAUGUUUAAUAACUAUUUAGAUAAGUCAUGUCAAUAUGUGCCAAUUUAUUUUAAGAAUGUGUCUGACAGAGAAUUAGUCAUUAGAAAGUUUUGAAUGUGAUUUUAGAUAUAGUUUCCUGUAACACCAUUGAUCAAUAACCUUAGAACUUUAUAACAUAUACACAUCCUGUAUAAACAAAACUUCGAAAUCCAGAUUUUAUAUGUGUUCAAGUUUAGGGAUAUACCACAGAAAAACACUUAGGUGUCACAUUAAUAUGCCCAAAUUAUUAAAACCGCUGCCUUUGAAACUCUUUGCACUAGAUUCACAUAUGCAAUCUUGUUACUUACACAGACUCCUUACUGGUUCUUUAUGUAACAUGUCAGUAAAUAGAAGCAAAUAAAGGUCUGUUAAAGUUUUUUCAAUCAGGUUCAACUGUAUGCUGACAUAUCAUGUGUUGAGUGAUUGUUUAUGUAUUUUGUGCAUGAUCAAGAUCAAUUAAAAUUUUAGACUGUG